AUUAAAUUGUGUGUUUGUUUUAAUUAUUACAAAUUUUAUUUUAAUCGGUCACAAGUUUUCUUUGGCAAAGAAAAUUUUAGAAAUUAAAGACAGCGUUCCAAAAGCAUUAACAGCGACAUUAGGAGCCAAAAUUAAAGCUCGUGUGAUUGAGGGAAUAGGGUGUUCUACAGAACAAUAUUCAUUUAUGAUGUUAAUUUUCAAAUUAUCGCCGGACGAUGGUCAAUGGUUAAGAAUAUGUGGCGGAUCUUUAUUAAAUUCGUACUGGGUUCUUACUGCAGCUCAUUGCGUCAAAAAACGGGAACAAAUUUAUGGAGUAAAAUAUCAUUUAACCUAUCGACCUAGCAUAACCAUACUGGUAAGAAUAUCAAUUAUUCAUCCUAACUAUAACGCCGGGAAUAUUGCAAAUGAUAUUGCACUAUUACGAUUGGCGAAAGAAAUUUUGCCCUCGAAGCAUGUAGGCUAUGUGAAAUUACCAGAUAUUGAUAGUAAAACUGAUGCACCGCCUUGCAGAGUAGCUCUUUUAAUGGGAUACGGCAUUACAAGUACUGGCAGUCUUCCGGCUAUAAAUAAUUUGCAAUGUGUGGAAAUUCCUACCAUAUCAUUUAAAGAAUGUCACACCAUUUACCUAAGAAAUCAUAAUCUUCAGACUUCACCUAAGACAAUGUGUACUCUGUCUCCAAACGGCAAAGGUCCUUGUCAUGGUGAUUCAGGUGGACCUUUACUUUGCGAUGAUGUUCAAUAUGGGGUUGUUUCUUGGGGAGUCGAUUGUGAAAUUGGCACAAACCCCGGAGUUUAUACCAAAGUUGAUCGGUUUUUGGAUUUUAUACAAGAAACUCAAAAUAAUUUUAUAUCUUCAAAGUAUCACAUAAAAUAUAAUUGUCAAGAUGCUAUAGGCCAAACAAUUCUGGAGAAAAGAUAUUUUCAAGUUUAUAUGCUCUAUUAUAUUUUCUACAUUUUGAUUGUAAUAUAGAGUAUACUUA